AUGGACAAGAAGCAUUUGGACCUGCAAACAGACUGCAUUGCCAGUGCCUGCCGGCCAGCAUGUCUGGGUCCUCCUGCCCUGCCUGGCCUGUACGCUGGACAUCAGAGUCUCGGGUCUCCACCCAUUGUCUGUGGGUCACUGGCCCCUCUCUCCUCUUCCACCAUGAAAACACCUCAGAAGCAACGGCUUGAAGUGAGAGGCGCUUACCAGUAUGUGCUUGCUUUUCUCUUCAUGGUCAUCUUUCCCUGUCACCUUUUCUGCACCCUUCUGGUUUUCUUCUUCCUUUUCACCAGGCUCUCCUUCUCUCUCUAUUUGGUGUGGAUCACACCCAUCCGAGGUGGAAGGCACGCCAGGUGGGUGAGAAAGUGGACAGUUUGGGAACACCAAAGAGAUUAUUUCCCCGUCAAGCUACUAAAACCUGCAGAGCUGCCGGCUGACCGGAACUACGUGCUGGGUGCCUACCCGCAUGGGAUCAUGGGCACAGGAAUCUUUGACUUCUCCACUGACAGCAAUGCCUUCUCCCAGCUCUUUCCCAGGCUUAGGCCUUGGAUAGCCACGCUGGCAGGACUCUUCUCUCUUCCUAUCUAUCGAGAACACCUCACUGGAGGUGGGAGGGCUAGGGAGCUGGCGAGAGAGAGGCUGGUGACAGUGGCCCGCUUUUGUCCACAGGGCCAGGCAGUGACCAUCCUGAUUGGGGGUGCCCAGGAAUCCUUGCAUGCAGCACCAGGUGAGCAACCCCUCACAUUGAGAACACACAAAGGCUUUGUGUGCCUGGCACUAAGGCACCGAUGAGUAGGGGCCUCCCUCGUGCCUGUGUGUUCCUUUGGGGAGAAUGAUAGCUACAGAAUCAAGUCUUUUGACCCAAACUCCUGGCAGUAUCAGUGCCAAGUUGCCUUCAAGAGACUCACGGGAUUUUCCUCCUGCAUCGUCUGGGACCGUAGUCUCUUCUCAGCCAACUCCUGGGAUCUGGUACCAUUUGCCCGGCCCAUCACUACUGUGGUGGGCCGCCCCAUCCAUGUGCCCAGUGCCUUACACCCUGAAGACCAAGUGGGUUAUUAUCACCAACUCGACAUGAAGGCUCUGGAACAACUGCUCAAAGACCACCAUGGCAUCCCUGCUUCCACCCACCUCACCUUCUACUAA